AUGGCCAAGAAGCUCGCGACGGCGAAGCGACCGAAGCUGGGGUCGGUUGUUAAGGUGACCAAAGGCCGAAAGGCCUUUCACCUCCAGCUGCCCCCUCGUUUCUCCCUGGGUGCGACGGUCUGCUCUUAUGGCUUCGCCAUGUUGGCCCCCAACCGCUGGCAGCCACCCCAGGCCAAGGGCUCUGGUGCCCACCGCAAGGGUGUCUUCCUCAGACCGCUUCAGCUGGCGCGCGGGGGCGCCGCGCGAGCCGCCCUUCGGCAGAUCUCAGCGCGGGUCCUGGAGGUGUCCAUGUCGAAGAAGCUGUCCUCUGCAGACGUGGGGGUGCUUCAACAACAGGUGGUGCGGAUGCUGCGCCUGGGCCAUGCCGACAAAGCCGCGGCCGACGCCUUCACCCGAAGCAGCCCUGACUUGGCCAAAGCGCCGGUUGGAAGGCUCUUCCGCUCUCCCACCGUCUUCGAAGACCUGGUGAAGACCUUCACCCUGUGCAAUUGCGGUUGGACUAGGACGAUUGCGAUGAACGAGAAGCUUUGCCAGCAUUUUGGUGGCCCCGCGCGCGGGUUUCCAUCCCCUGCCGAUCUGGUCAAAGUGCCGGCAGCGAGGCUCAAGAAACUUUGUGCAGUCGGCUACCGCGCCGAGCGCAUCAUCAAGCUCGCCCGCUUCGCCCAAGCUGGCGGCCUGGACGGACUCUCCCAUGAUCGCCUCGAUGAGCAGGAGGCGGGACAGCGCUGCAAGGCAAUCUACGGCCUAGGGCCCUUUGGCGUGGCCAACGCCCUGCAGCUGCUCGGUUUCUACAAGGAUAUCCCGGCAGACAGCGAGACCUGUCGGCACCUGCGGCAAGCGCGCGGCCUGCGAUCCUGCACCCUGCAGAAUGUCUCGCUCAUCGCCUCCCGGGUGUACCGGCCGUACGCGCCCCACCAGUUUCUGAGAUACUGGACGGAGCUCUGGCGCACCUAUGAGCAGCGCAUGGGGUCAGAGGCGUGGGCGGCCGAGCCCUCCAAGUACCGUCUUCUGACUGCCGCGCACAUGCACGUGCCUCGGCAGAAGUACAAGACGCUCAAGAAGACCAAGAAGGAGUUACAUCGCCUCUAUCCGGACUUCGUGGCGUGCUCGCCGCGGGGUCUGCUGCCUGCCUUGGACAACGGCGGAGAGCACGUCUACGAUUCGAUCGUGUUGCUGGAGUACGUGCACGAAACCUUCAGCGGACCGCCUCUGCUGCCCACGUCGCCUUUCGCGCGCGCCAAGGUACGCUUGUGGAGCAAGCACGUAGACCUGCACAUCGUGCCAAACUACGAGAGGCUCCUGGCGGCCCACGACGCGGAGGCGCGGGCAAUGGCCCGGGAGGACCUCCUGCAGUCGCUGGCACUUUUCGAGGCCGCAAUGGCGCCUUUGGCUAAAGGCCCCUUCUUCCUGGGAGAUGACUUCUCCAUGGCAGAUGUCGUACUGGCUCCCUGGUGGCAGCGAAUGUGCUCCGUCCUUCGAGCGUAUCGCAAGUUCGACCCUUCCGCGUUUUCCAGGCUUCAAGUUUGGUUCGAAGCCGUGGAGGGGCGACCCUGCUUUGCGCGGACUGCCCUGGAUCCCGAGAAGCUGAUCGAGGAGUUUUCCUUCUGCGCCGACCCGGAUGUGGAAGAAGGGGUGCGCUUCCGCCGAGGAGGGCCAAAGUUCGGCAGGAGCCGCGGCCUGAUUGAAUCAGGUUCGAGAGGGCAACGCCACUCCCUAGGGACUAUGUCCCAGACCUCGAGUCAGCUGUAG